AGCACUCAAAGUAAUUUACCACACCGACUGUGCUGCACACUCCCGCAGGGCAUCCUCCUCUUGUUUGGGACGCGCGCACUGGAUUAUCUCCCGGUGGUUUGACACAGCCGCUGUUGGCUCUAAUCGAGCCCUUUAUCAUGCGAGUUUUCACUUGAGAAAAUACUUUGUUGUGUUAUUUCGCUGGAAGAAGAUUGUUUCAGUUCACGCGCGACGUCAAUGCUAGAAUCAGCGAAGAUGAGCAAAAACGGAAUGUUGACAAAAAUCCUUUCGAGGAUAAGAACUGACCCGUUCUCAGCCAAUUACGAGCUGGUCGGCAAGGAACUGGGCAGGGGAAAGUUUGCGGUGGUAAAAAAGUGCAUCGAGAAGGCAACGGGGAGGCAGUGCGCUGCCAAGUUCCUGCGAAAACGACGGAAGGGCCAGGACUGCCGCAUGGACAUCUUAAACGAGAUCGCCGUGCUGGAGUCGGCCAAGGCUAACCCCUACGUGGUGGCGCUGUAUGAGGUCUACGAAACCAACAACGAAAUCAUCCUCGUUCUGGAGUGCGCCGCCGGUGGUGAAAUCUUUAACCAAUGUGUUGCCGAUAACGACGACGCCUUCACGGAGAACGAUGUGAUCCGGCUGGCCAAGCAGAUCCUGACUGGAGUGGCCUUCCUGCAUCGGAACAAUUUGGUGCAUCUGGAUCUGAAGCCCCAGAACAUCUUGCUGACCUGUGCCAGACCUCUGGGGGACAUUCGCAUUGUGGACUUUGGCUUGUCUAGACGCAUGGACAAAAUCACAGAAGUCCGGGAGAUCCUGGGUACGCCCGAGUAUGUUGCACCAGAGAUCCUGAGCUUUGAACCCAUUAGCACUGGGACUGACAUGUGGAGUAUCGGGGUCCUGACCUAUGUCAUGUUGACGGGCGAGUCCCCUUUUUUGGGUGAAAAAAAGCAGGAGACAUUCCUCAACAUCUCCCAAGUCAACGUUGAUUACUCACAGGACACGUUUGAUGGGAUCUCGUCCCAAGCGGUUGACUUCAUCAAGUCCUUAUUAGUUAAAAACCCAAGGAAGAGAGCCACAGCGGAAGAAUGCCUCAACCACCCCUGGCUGAACUCGCUCCCCCAUCCCCAUUCCCACCCGCACCUCCACGCCAGAUCGGCCUCCUCUCUGGACGAACCAGAGACGAGCCAGUCGGAGUCGGAGCCCGAGAGCCCGGCUUCCUCUCCCGAGCUGGACUUGAUCGAUUCAUACCUCGUGUGCCCAGGUCAGGGUGGGCUCAAGGCGGGCCGCGACGCCUUCUCCUUCAGCGAGCCCCCCUUUCCAUCGCUGCCUGAGAUAAAGCAGGAGCUGAUCUGCUGAAUGACGUUUCGCAGGUGGCGAGAGACUGAGGGACUUCAAACUCCGCAGGGCAGACGCUGAAAGCCAGUGAGCCUGCAGCUUCUUGGUCCUGAUCUGACUUGGGGCCAUGCUAUAUGGAUGCUGUAAGCCUGCUUGUACUGCUGUGAGCUGGGUUGUGUGUGUAGUUUAAUACCUCUGCAUGUGUUUGAGUAAUACACGCUUCCCCGUGCUGAUUUAUGAUUGUACGGAAGGAAUGUGAUAGGAAUAAAGAUGCAGGAGCAAGGAGUGGGAUAAGACACAUGAGGAUUUUGUGUCAGAACUGCACUGCUGCCUUUAAAGUGACAGGGCGCAGCUUAUCACUGUGGCUACUUCACCCCUGCACGCACACUGGCUUCUCUUUUUGCCCAAUUAGCCUUUUGAACUGGGUUACCGAGGACAGGCAUCCUUGGGAAAUGACUUCACUCACUGUGUGCUCUCAUCAGAACAGUAUGUACCUUCUGGAUGAGUUUUGCUGAAGGAAGUAAAAAGGUUUUGACAGAGAUUUACUUCACAAAGGUAUUAAAGCACAGCACAAACGAUGAAGCCAGACUGUUCCACUGUUGUAUAUGUUUAUUUAUGUGUGUUCGUUGUUCCACUUCACCCCCUUGAAUACAAAAAGCCACGUCAAUGCCUGAGUUUAGGAUCAAAUAGUAGCUUCUUUUUUUUUUUUAAGGACAAUCUGAAGCACUUUUUAUUUUGUUAUUAGAGUUCAAUGUUGUAUUAAGCAACCAAAGUCACCUGUCACAAUGUACUGUAUAUUUUCACCAUACUCAAACACCCACUGGUUUUGUCACAUUAUCUUUAUUCACAAAGUGCCACUUUUUCUCAACCUCACUUCUGUGUAAACAUUACAGUUUUAUUUUAUUUGGUUUGGUUACCUAAGUUGCACAUAUUUGUUUUUGUACUUAACUGCGAGGUAGACACAGGAUUUCAGGCUCUUAAUAUAUUGUUUAGACAUCAGUCUUGGAAAGAGGGAAUGGCAGGGGUAAAAAGCAACAGUUAAUAAAUAUAACUGAUGAACAACUCAAGAUAUAAAUAAGUGACAUUUGCCUUCAGAUGCUCGGGAGUGGAGAAAUUGGGAAGAAUUUCUCCAAAAAGUACUGAAAUACAUAUUGUGAGUUAGUAUUAAGUUUAAUCUGUAAAAUAACUGGGUUUUUUUGGUUUUUUUUACCAGUGUUUGAAUGUUAACAUCAUAUUGUUUUAUUUAGUAUAUGUCAACUUUUACUUAUUCUUAUUGUUUCUGCUCAUGAAUUUCAGGCAGGUUUGCACUUGUCCUUGUGGACGCUAUGUCAAAAUGAAUAAAUGCUGAUGGCAUGCAUUGCAAAAUGUAACACAGAAAAACACA